AGAACGUUUUUGACUCUCUCCAGUACAGUACAUACUCUUUAGCAGAACUGCAAAGACAGAGAGGCUGAAACCAUGGAUGGAAAGGCACAUGUGAAGUCACUCAUGGCGAAGUUUAACGUGGGUAACAGCCCUUCAGAGGAUGUUUCUGGUAACAUUCGACUCUCUAAAGUCACAGGACAACCAACCCAUUCAGGAUUACAAACAAGGAAAGCAGUAUUUGAGAAAUUUGCAAGUCAAGGAAAUGCAGCUUCUCCUUCAGGACCCGCUGUUUCUCAAAAACCUGCUCAUCCUAAGCCGCCUCUGGCAGUCAAGCCUUCAACUGAAGAUAAGACAGAGAAGGAUCCAAAGCCCCCAUAUUUGAAACCAGUGGGGCAAAGGUUUGGGGUUCAACUUCAAGCAACUAAUAGGGAAAGUGAUGGAAAAGCUGGAUACACUAAAACCUCGACCAAAAGUAGUGACUUGGCAAAAGAAGAGCCGAAGUCUCUGUAUCCAAAACCUGCAGGGAACAAGCUUCUUAAUUCAGCUCCUCAAGAGAAGGAAAAAAGGCCUCUGGGAACAAAGCCAAAUUUUAAUUCUGAAGCACAAGAGAGUGAAGAAAAAACAUUGUUUUCAAAAGUAGCUGGAGUUAAGGAAAAGUUCAUAUCUGCAACACAAGAAAAUGAUCCCAAGCCUUCUUUCUCCAAACCAGCUCUUGCACAGAAGCCUUCUCUAAACCUUGCAGUUUCCCACAAUGAAGACACCUCAAGUAAAAACGCUUUCCCACAUAAAGGUCUAGGAGGCCCUAGACCAAAUAUGCAUUCAUUUAAAGCAACAAAGGAAAUGGAUGAAAAUAGUAACUGCGCUGCAGAAACUGCAGGCAGUCAUUUUUCUAACAUGGCUCUGAAACCUACUGGCCACUGGUCCAGCGCAUCUCAAGGCACUCCCAAAAAUGCAGAGGAAAAGACUGAGGAAAAGGGAGUGAGUGCCUCCAGGAAUAUCUUUCUGAACAAAAUCAUCCAGGAAGAAUCUGGUUUAUCUCCUCCCAAGUUCCAUAAAACAAGCACAGCGUUUGCUGCAGGAAGGUCGUUGGGUGGGUCAGAAGAGAAGGAUGACUGGGAUAGGAGCUCAGGAGCCCCAAAACGGAAGUCUUUGCCCCCGCUGUUCAAGCUGGGCCAGCCCCCACAGAAGCCCAGCCGACCACCCAGCGUGGACCUGGAAAGGUUCCAGAAGAGCAUCCCAAGAGACAGUGAGUCCUCUCUGUUCUUGCUUUUAUUUCUUUUCUACCCAUUCAGCACCCAAUUCAUUUCAGGUGGAAUCCUCCCUUCUGUUCAAAAAAAUUGCGACAAAGGUUGUCAGUACCUCAGAAGUGUUACUAAUUUUAUUUCGUUUAUAACUUCUUGUUUUAGUUUACUAAAAUCUAUGAGUCUUGGAAAAGGCAAAUCAGAUGAAAAGUAUCCACAAAAGCUUAAAAUGAUGGAAAGAGAAGAGAAAGAGUUCAGAAAAAAGUUCAAGUUUGAAGGUGAAAUCAAAGUUCUUUACUCUACAACCACUGUCCAGGAUUUGUCCCAAAAAAAGUGGGGAUCUAAAGAUUUGCAGAUUAAACCAGGAGAGCUUCUUGAAGUUAUACAAAGUACAGACGAUACCAAGGUGCUGUGCAGGAAUGAAGAAGGAAAAUAUGGCUAUGUUCUGCGAAGCAAUUUAGUUGAGAACGAUGGAGAGAUUUAUGAUGACAUUGGUGAAGAUUGCAUCUAUGAUAAUGACUAAUGCAGAAUUCUGUGAGAGUAAGAGCUUCAUUGAAGACCAAAAUCUAUGCUGGACUUCUACUUACCAAGCAAAAGAAGUCAUUAAAGAUGAUUAUAACUGAAUUGCUUAAACUCUUCUAAAUGUACAAUAUUUGGUUUGCAUUUUUUAUAAUUUCAGGGUUUUGUUUUCAGUUACUUUGUAAGAUCUUUGUACUGCCAUUUAUGAGAGCAAUUCAAAUGUGGAGCAUAUGAACUGAAACUAAAGUUACCAUCUUCCACUUCUGUUCUACAGUGUUAACAAUCCAUGUAAAAACAAUUCUUCAAUUAGCUGUGCCCAAACAGGCCAAUUCAGGUCUAUGAAGGAUACAAAGGACUACAAACCCUGUGAACAAGUUUUAUACUCUAGCUCCAUUUUAAUGAACUCCAGAGACUGCCACUCUGGGUAUGACAGCAUCCUGUAAAGAUGCUUCCUUUGGGGAUAAAAUCCUGUUGUGAAAACAGGAAAUCAAAAGUGGGCAUCAGAGUAUGUACUGCUCACCUGUUUUUCCAACUGUAAACGUGUUAGCCACACUGACAUGUACAGCCAUGUACCUUUGUUGCUAAAAUUUCUUUUUCUGUGUUGUGCUAGUGAUAGACUACCAAUUUCUAAAAUUAUCUUUAUUUUGUAAGUACUUUUUGGCUGCCAUAACAUUAAUAGUAAAACAUUAAUUAUAAGUUAUGUUACAUUCCACACUCUGAGAUAUAAGCCAUAGAAUAGUCUGCUUUAUAGUAGUGUUGCUUUGAAUAUCUUCAGAAUGCUUAGGUUAAGAUUUAAUUUCUUUGUAGUUUAAAUAUAUAUUGCCGUCCCUAUAAUAUUUUAGGCAUUAAAAUGGACCUACACACUUAUAAAUUAGUUGGAAAUAAUUCCUACAUUUAAAAAGUAUAUUUAUUGAUGCUAUCUUUACCUUCUAGUUAUUAUUUUUUUACACUGGGCUUGUUGGAAUAAGGAUAUAUAAAUUAGAUAUUUCCACGCUAAUCCAUUGUAGAAACAGUAUUUAUUCCUAAAGUAGCCAUGCUAAUUAGUGGUGCUUUCAUAUGAAUGAGCAGAAGCAAAACAAUUUAAAAUGGAUGCAUGUACCAUAAUAAUAAUCACUUUGGACUUGCUUAUUUAUCAGAACUCACUGGAAACCUAAAGAAGUUUACAGUGAACUCCAGUAAAGAGGGUGAGCAAGUACAGAAAAUGGAAUCUAUUUGUACUGUGUGAUGCUUUUGCUGUUUUGUAAGAUAAUCAAAAAUUUGUCAGAACCGAUGUGACUAGGUCAGAAAGUCCUUCUUGAUAAUCAAGUCUCCACUAAUUCUCAAGAGCAGAAAUGAUAAUUAUAUUCGUCAAAACAGUGCAAUGCAGCAAGCUGGUAAGUUUAGCUUCUAAACAGAAAGAAAGAAAUUUUGGCUCUGUUGAAGUCAUAAUUUUGGAAUCACUUUCAGUGCAGCUGAGAUUUGAUCAUACACAAGUGCCCUUUACUGAUAAUUUUAAGUAUGUUAUAUCUCUAAAUAAGAAGAAUGCUAUGAUAGCAAACAUGACAUUAAUUGUAGGAAUAAUAUCUGUAUUUAAAAUCACUGAUAGUACACUGAAAAGCUAUAAGCAAUCUCGAGUUUCCAGUUCUAAAUUUACUAUUAAAACCAGCAUCCAGGCAUGCAAACACCAAUUUUAUUUGUGAAUAUCAGCACCUGUGCUCAAAUUUAAAACAUGAUCUUUUAAAUUAAAUACAAUGAAUGUGUCUUAGCUGCUGGUGGUUGAUUUAUUUUUUCUGGUGAUUUCUAAAAGGUACAUGCACUGGCUAGGUAGUGUGAUAGCAAACUGGAGCAAAUUCCAGUUUCAAACUCUAGACAUUCAGAAAUACUCGACCCCUUGUCAGUUAAAAAUAGGAUAAGAAUUUUCAUGCUUUACAUAGUUAAUUGAGAUGAAGAGUUUGUGUUAAAUUUCAAACUAUAUAUGCCCAAUCUUAUUUUGAUUUCAACUCAUUGUAAUCUCAGUGCAUUGCAGUAGGAUCAACAAAGGAACUUUCCUUCUGUAUGUACUUUAUCUUGCAUUAAAGAAACUCAGUAGUACACAAACCUCUUUUUUCUUUUUUUUUACUUUUUCCUUUUUGUUACUUUACCAAUGCCAUUAGCUGGAUUCAGUGUAUUUUUUGUUUUGUUUCGUUUUAUUUUCCUUCUUCUUCUUAAUAAAUGCAUGCUUUCUCCCAAGACAUGUGGGCACAUCACCUUCUGCCAAACCAGAACAGCAGUAGCUGAAAAAUAACUUCACUGAACAGCAGACAGAGUAAAAAUUAAUUUUAUUAUUGCUGCAAUGGAAGCACAGCUACAAUGUGGUGUUCGUUUGUCAGCAACUACUAUUCAGAAUAUGAUAUGUAAGCAGGAAGACUUCCAGACAGGAAAAUCUACUACUUAGUCGGUUUAAUAAAGGCUAUAUUUUAAGGCUUUCUCACCAGUAAUUUGUUAUAUUAUCUUCUAAAAUUCAUAAAGAAACAAAAAGAAAACUAUUCUCUCUCGACAUUUUUCCCUCUCCAAACUCUGUCUAUAAUCCUGGAGUAUUUGGCUGUGCCUGCUAAAACAUUCAGCACAGAAAACACUAAAAUACUGACAAAAAAACAGGCUUCAACAUGAACACCCCAGCUGAGCUAAAUAGCAUUGCUUUCCAUCCAGUUGGACCUCUAUGGUGUUCUGGUAAACAAACUAAGCAAAACAAAAAAGCAGGAGAGUUUUUUUUCCUCUGAUUCAGCAGCUUUAGCGCAUUUUCCCUGCUUUUACUGCAGGCUUUUCCCUGGGCUACAGGAAUGCCACUGAUCUCCUGUGCAUUCCUGCCUAAGAGGUUUAUAUUUUUGAUCCUCAUAAUUGCAGAUCCCCUGUCUACUCCUCCCUCGGUGGUAACAAAGCCCUCCUCUAUGCGUGAUCCUCUUACAUAAUCCACUUUAGCAGCAAAGAUUGGUGCUUUGGCGAGGGAAAGGAAAUGCAGAGUAGGAACCUAAAUUCAGCAGGUUAAGGAUGAAGCACCACAUUGCUUUACAGCUGAAAUAGGUGCGUGCGUGCAUGUGUGCAUCUCUGUGUAUGUAUUUUGUGGCAAAUAAGUCAACUUCUGAGAAGAAUGAUGGAUCCAUAAAAGGAGACAUCUGACCACCAGCCACAGAUAUUUCUACAAGGAAAAGCUUCCACACACAGCCUCACUGCUGAGUGAAGCAUCCGAACUCAAGGAAACAUGAGUUUGCAUUUGCAUGGCCUCAGUCCUGCCCACUUCUGUGUGCAGUCAAUAGUUGCUGGAUGGCUUGGGAGAUUUUUCCACAAGAUCCCUGCCUCAUUAGUGCAGUUCUGGAUGAGACCUAACAGAAAAGGCAGUUGUUCAGCUCUGCAAAUCUUUCCUGGCCUCCGUUGCACCAGAAGUAUUGUGUCCCAUGGCAUCCACCACAAGUAGAUCUCAGAUUUCCAUGAAUAGGAAUGGACUUAUCUUGUGAAACAGAAAAAUAUUUUGUUCUCAUUUCAGUGUAUGAAAGGAAGGCACAAAGGACAAUUUGUGGCACAUAUCCAUUAGUUCCGGGCAUAAAAGCAAAUUACUAAAGCUAAAUUAAUGAUAUUUUUAGUGCUUUUUUUCCUUAUAUUAGCACUCUCAAUACGUUCUGCUCUUUGCUUCUUCCAGCAGUUAAGAAUAAAGAGGAGAGAGAAAUCACUUUAUGUUUGAAAAGUGUGAACAUCCAAAAUAUAUAUUUUAAAUAAAAUACACAGUAGUAAAAAGGGCAGAUUGGGGAUACCAUUGAAAUUUGAUUUAAAUAAUGGCUUCGAUGAUAUAGUGAAAUGUCUAUUUAUUUUCCACCAAAAUUGGUGUGGACACCAACUUUGCUGUCAUGGCCUGAGUCAUCCCUACAGCUAUAGCCAGAACUACAGCCUUCGGUGCUCGUGGUCUGGGGAGACAUUGGGCUGAGAUACUCAGACUUGUUCUGGAAGAAUUAACUUAUUUCUCUGAAGUCGCUCAACAAGCAUGGCAGCCUAGCCUCCACCCCUACUGCCAAGGAACCAGAUGGUGGUCCCGCCAAAGGAUUUAUCCCCAGCACCUCCCAGCACCACAAUGGGCAUGAAUCCUCCCCGCACUGCUCAGCGUGGCCGCAGCACCACUGACAUCCACCUGUGCAGCAUGAUGGUCCCAGGUCCCAAAAGCAAAACAGCAAGGAGCUCCCCUUGGCUUUUAUUUUCUGUGCUUAGACUACCAGCUCCUGAAUAUGUGUAGAAUUUGUUGAAUUAUUGCUAUUUGCCUCCCUUUAAACCAUUUGGAGAGAAUGGAUUAAGCUGUUAUCAAAUGUAUGAAGUUUCAUGCUCUAGGGUUUUUAUAUCAGCGACCUUGUUGAAAAGAACACAGGAAACUAUUUUCAUUUCUAAUGCACUUAGAAACGUUGCUUAAUCUUAGUAUGUUCACUGUUAGGCACCAAGAAAGUAUGCAAACUGUCAACACGUACAUGAAUGAAACGUGAAUUAAGUGGAUACCAGUGGUCUCAGGAAACACUACCAUUUGUUUUACUUCAGCAGUAUUGCCAAAUCCUACAGUUCAAGCAUCAUGAAACAGACAAAGAAAACAAAAAUCAGUACCAGCUUUUUUCCCUCCCUUUUAAUUCUCUUUUUGGCCUGAUUCCUGAUUCCCAAGUCCUUAGCAGGAAAAGCCACCUGCUCCCUUGUUGGUGCAUGUGGGCUUCGGGUGGGAAAUGCACACGGAGUGCCAGCACAGGGCCCAGGGCCCCCGACUCCUCCUUGCUCUGCCUGAGGGCAUGCCAUGCCCCCAGCUCAGCUCUCUGUCCUGUGGGCAUGCCAUGCCCCCAGCUCAGCUCUCUGUCCUGCUACCCAGCUGCCUCAGGCAAGCCAAAGACCCAAAGACCCAAAGACACGCUGGGUCUGGGUGUCACUGCCCUCUUCUCUGUGUGAGACAUGAUCAGCAUGCUUCCACUUGCUUUCACAAUUACUUUCUCUUCCUUAUAAUUAUUCCUCUUUUCCUCAAUCCUCUGACCAUGGCAUUGUGUCCCUUACUUCCCUGUUUCCCUGUUCCUUUCCCUUUUCGUUUAAUUGAGCUCUUCCCCUAAUUCUUCUUUCCUGCCCCUUGCAUUUGAAUUUUUCUCAGUUUUAGAGAUUGCUCAGUGUAAAUGCCCAUUUUUGGAACAAGAUGCCCAACUCCAUGCUUGACACCAGCAGAGGUUCUCUGCUUGUGCCAACAGCUGAGAAGAGUUUAACAAUUCUUGUGUUUGUGACCUAUGCUGUUUUUAUGUGGUUUUAUGUUUUAUGUGACCUAUGCCAUAGCAUUUCAAAUUAGAUCAAACAGUAUUUGAGGAGGCUUUUUUCAGUACUUAAGUUGAGAUGCUGUAUGUAAGUAAAUCAAAUUACUUAGAGCUUGAAUAAAAAUUAAUAAAUUGACCUAUUCUAAAUAA